CUUUCUCUAUCCUGUUUUGUGUGUAGGACCCUAUUGUCACCUCAAUCCGUGCAUUAUUGACGCCUCACCCAAUGAAGGAACUUUGAAUAAAGGGAUCAUAUCUGCAUCAUAAAGAAAUCAAGGCUGCACAGGGGAUAAAUAUUAAUGCUCAGGGGCUUGAGUAUGCAAUUGCUGGCACUAGUUUAUAUGUUGUGGGGCCUGAUGAUGAUGUUGAGCACAUCAAAGAAGCAGCUAUGGAAGAUAUGAGGUCAGUGAUGAGCAGGAUUGAUAGAAGUGGGGAGGGAGUUUAUGUUCAAGCUUCUACGUUUGGAUCAUUGGAAGCUUUGCUAGAGUUCUUGAAGACUGACGAAGUAAGAAUACCUGUCAGUGGAAUUGGAAUAGGCCCUGUGCACAAAAAAGAUGUCAUGAAAGCUAGUGUCAUGCUUGAGAAGAAGAAAGAGUAUGCAACAAUCUUGGCCUUUGACGUGAAAGUGACACAAGAAGCUCAAGAACUUGCAGAUGAGGCUGGUGUCAAAAAUUUUAUUGCUGAUAUUAUAUAUCACCUAUUCGAUCAGUUUAAGGCCUAUAUUGAUAAUCUCAAGGAAGAAAAAAAGAAGGAAGUUGCCGAGGAAGCAGUCUUUCCCUGUUCUCUCAAGAUUGUACCUAAUCAUGUCUACAACAAGAAGGAUCCAAUUGUCGUAGGAGUUGAUGUUCUUGAGGGCAUUGCCAGGGUCGGGACUCCAAUAUGUAUUCCACAGAGGGAAUUCAUUGAUAUUGGUCAGAUUGCGUCCAUCGAGAACAACCAUAGGCCUGUUGACUCUGCCAAGAAAGGGCAGAGGGUGUCCAUUAAGAUAGUUGGGUCUAACUGUGAGGAGAUACAGAAGAUGUUUGGCAGGCAUUUUGAGAUGGAAGAUGAUCUUGUUAGCAAAGUCUCGAGAAGAUCCAUUGACAUUCUCAAGGCCAAUUUCCGGAAUGAAUUGUCUAUUGAAGAUUGGAGGCUAGUUAAAACAUUGAAGAACUUAUUCAAGAUACAGUGAGACUUUGUUGCAAACCUUUCAAGUAGCUGCUGCCUUGGCUUUUUGUGGCACUGCGUUGGGGUUCAACAGUUCAUUGUGGCAAGAAACAGUGUUUUUGUUGGGACUCUUAAUCAUAAAGGAUGGAAAUGCGUAUGUAUCGAUGGCAGUUGCAAUUUCCUUCCUUCAGUUGGUUCUGUGUACAGUUCUUUUAGUAGUGAAGUGGUAAAAAGAGCAGAAUUUUGGUAGUGUUAGACUGUUGGUCAAUCUCAGAGAUGAGUGUUGUACAGGGGUGUCAACAAUUCUGUACAAUUCUUUUUGAUGUGCUUGUGAGUAUUUCGAACAACUGCGAGUU